AAUAAAAAAAAAUCAAGAGAAAUGCGUCGAUGGGAUUGAUUUGGAUAGCUGCUGCCUGCUCCUCACUUAUCAGUUAUCACUGAUCACAUCACAAUUGUUUACCCCCAUUGAUUUCUGCGAGUUUCGAUCAAACCCUAAAUUCGUUGCCUGAAUUCCACUAUCAAUCGCUUGGAACAUCCAUGACAGUGCAUAUUGCAUUUGGUGGUGCCAGGCUGCCAGCCUCAUCUGUGCUCCAUUUUCAUCCAAUGUACAGACACAUUCAUUGCCCUUCUGUGACCACAUUGAGUUGAAAUUGAUCACAAGGUGGCUAAAAGAGAUGGAGGAUCUAUAGUGCAUUUUUAUGUAUUUUGGAGUUGUCAGCUGUUAUGGAGACAUUGGAUGAUAUAGGAGAUGAUGUGAUUGGUCCAAGAGGCCUGAUUAAGACGCAGGAGUUGGUACGAAUCAUUAUUCAAUGUUUAUAUGCUCUAGGUUAUAGCAAGUCUGCCGCCUGUUUGGAAUCUGAGUCCAGUAUUACAUGUAAGUCCCCCGAAUUUGAAUUAUUGGAAUCACUCAUUUUAGAUGGAAAUUGGGGUGAUUGCAUUGAGUGUCUUCACAAAAUAAAUGGUUUGGAUGAUGAGACAAGAGCUUCAGUAUCUUUCCUCGUUCUUGAGCAAUGCUUGUUGGAAUGUUUGGAUUGUGGGAACAUAUCUCUGGCGUUGGACAUGAUGCGGAAACAGUUUUCAUCUUUGAAAAUUGGCGCAGAAAUAGUUCACAGACUUUCUUAUGAACUCCUCUCUUUGAAGGGAUUGAGGCUGGGUUGUAUUGAUAGUGAUUCAGUUCAGGACUUGCGAAAAAAAUUGAUCUCAAAUCUGGAAAAAGUUUUACCACCACCAAUUACACUACCUGAGAGAAGGCUGGAACAUUUGGUCGAAAUGGCUAUUUCUGCUUGGGUUGAUAGUUGCGUUUACCACACUUCAUCUGGUUCAGUAUCACUGUAUAGAGACCACCAUUGUGAUCGAGAUCAGUUUCCAACGGAGACCACUCAGAUAUUGACUAAUCAUCAACAUGAAGUAUGGUCUGUUCAGUUUUCAAACAACGGAGAGUAUUUGGCAUCAUCAUCAAGAGAUUGCACAGCCAUCAUAUGGAAGGUGCAGGAUGAUAAUAGAGUAACCCUGAGAUUCGUGUUACGUAGCCACGAAAAACCAGUUUCAUUUUUGGCAUGGAGUCCAGAUAACACCAUGCUGCUCACUUGCGGAAAUAGGGAAGUUCUUAAACUUUGGGAUGUGGAAACUGGCAUAUGUAGGCACACAUUUGGUGGCGAUGGUUUUGUUGUUAGUUGUUGUGCUUGGUUUCCUGAUUCCAAGCGCCUCGUCUGUGGCAGUUCAGAUCCUAAGAAGGGCAUUUACAUGUGGGACUGUGAAGGUAAUGAGAUUAAGGCAUGGAAAGGUAUGCGGAUGCCAAAGGUCCUUGAUAUUGCUGUGACUCCAGAUGGGGAAAAUCUCAUCAGCAUUUUCUCCGACAAAGAGAUAAGGAUAUUGAAUUUGGCAACCAAUGCUGAACGUGUUAUUUCUGAGGAGCACUCUAUCACCUCCCUUUCGGUAUCUGGAGAUAGCAACUACCUGAUCGUCAACCUUAAUAGCCAAGAAAUUCACUUGUGGGACGUUACCACAAAAUGGAUUAAACCACGCAAGUACAACGGCCACAUGCAACAGAAAUAUGUCAUUCGUUCCUGCUUUGGGGGUUUGAACAGUAUGUUCAUUGCCAGUGGCAGUGAAGAUUCCAAGGUCUACAUAUGGAACCGAAGAAGUUCUGACCCACUCGAGAUCCUGUCUGGCCAUUUGAAGACUGUAAAUUCCGUCAGCUGGAACCCGAGGCGACCCAAAAUGUUAGCUUCAGCAAGUGAUGAUAAUACAGUACGCAUAUGGGGGCCGUGUUGUUCCAAUAGAGCAGAAUGUGAUAACUUCACUGAGUAGUCUUGUGCAUAUGCAGAUUUUGUGCAAUAGCAACAAAUUCACAUUUUUUUGCUUGUAAAUAUCAGGUUGUAUCCUCUUUUUGGCGUGUAUAUUCUGAAUGGUUGUUUUGUUAA